AUGGCGACGCGCGUCGCGACGACGGACGCGCGCGCGCCGGUCGCGCGGCGCGCGCGCGGUGCGCGUCGCGACGUCGCGCGGCGCGCGACGGGAGACGACGCGCGGCGCGAGGCGCUGCGAAAAGCGCGCGCGAAGUUGCCCAUCGACGCGGUCGUGGACGCGUGCUUGGACGCGCUCGAGGUGCGUCGACGGCGCGCGAAAGCGCGACGCGGGACUGACGAGGCGAACGAUUGGGUUCGAUGCGAACAGCGCGCGACGCGCGCGGUGAUGCAGGCGCCGCCGGGGGCGGGGAAGACGACGGUGAUGCCGCUGGCGGCGGCGCUGGCGGCGGCGAGCGCCGGCGGCGACGGACGCGCGGGGAAAGUGAUCGUGCUCGAACCGCGACGGUUAGCGGCGAAAGCGGCGGCGAUGCGGAUGGCUGAGAUGUUGGGGGAACGCGCGGGGGAAACGGUGGGGUAUCAGGUGCGAUUUGAACGAAGGGCGAGCGCGGCGACGCGGGUGGAGGUGGUGACGGAGGGCGUGCUGACGCGGCGGUUGAGAAACGAUCCAGAGCUGCGGGACGUGGGAUUGGUGGUGUUCGAUGAGUUUCACGAGAGGAAUUUAGACGCGGACGUCGCGCUGGCGCUGUGUCGAGAGGUGCAACAGACGAUACGGCCAGAUUUGAGACUGUUGGUGAUGAGCGCGACGCUCGGGGAGAUGGGCGCGCGCGUGGCGGCGUUGUUGAGGGAUGAGAACGGGCCCGAGGUGCCGGUGAUCGUGUCGGAGGGGCGGUCGUAUCCGGUGGAGACGAUUUAUUUGGGCGCGCCGGGCGCGGGAUGGGGUGAGCUCGAGCGCGCGACGACGAACGCGGUGAAGGACGCCGUGCGCGCGUGCCCAGAUGGCGACGUGCUGUGUUUUCUUCCGGGCGCGGCGGAGAUCAAUCGCGUGGUGCGAGAUCUGCAAAGGGAGCUUCCGAACGGUGUCGUGGCGUUGCCACUGUACGGCGCGCUAUCGCAAGAAGAACAGGCGGCGGCGCUCGCGCCGUCGAAACCGGGCACGCGUCGCGUCGUCGUGAGCACUCCAAUCGCCGAGUCUUCGUUGACCAUCAACGGCGUGAAAGUGGUCGUGGACUCGGGAUUGUGCAAGACGCCCAAGUUCGACGCUCGGAAGGGUAUGACGCGACUGGAGACGACUCGUGUCUCCCGCGCAUCGGCGGAUCAAAGGCGCGGGCGAGCCGGGCGCAUCGCUCCUGGGACGUGCUAUCGUUUAUGGAGCGAGGCCUCGAACGCGAAACUUCAGCCAGACACGACACCCGAGAUUUUGCAAGCCGACUUGACUCCGGUGGCGUUAGAUUUAGCAGCGUGGGGCGUCGGCGAUGGGGCAGACAUGGCUUGGCUCGACCCACCGCCUGAAGGCCCGCUCAUCGCGGCGAGACGGUUGUUACGCGAGCUCGGCGCGUUGGAGGAAGGCAAACUCGUCCCUAGCGACGUGGGUUCGAUCAUGUCCGAGCUUCCAGUGCACCCAAGACUGGCGCGUAUGUUACUUUUUGGCGCGUCACGCGGCGCUGAGAGCGCUCGACUCGCGUGUCAACUCGCAGCUGUCAUCGGCGACCGCGACUUGAUCUCUGGACGCGACGCCCCUCUCGACGUUCGGUGUAGACUUCGCGCGCUUUGGGGUCAAGAUCCACUCGCAAGCGCGGGCGAUUUGGAUGAAGAGAAACCAGAACGGGCGGUUCGCGAAGCGAAACAAGUUGCCGAGCAGUUACUCGGGAACUUGCGCCGCUUAGCGUCUUCGCAUCCUGACUUCUGCGCUCCGGCCGGCCUACUGCUCGCUGUCGCCUAUCCUGAUCGCGUCGCCGCGCGUAAAAACCGAGGAGGGGCGUUUCAACUCUCUGGCGGCGGCGCCGCGAGCGUGGGAAGUGAGCACAAGGAUGACGCGCUGCUUCGCUCUGGCGACAAGGCGAAUGAAACUUUAGUCGUCGUCGAAUUAGCUGGCGAUGGCGCGGGAAACGCGGGAUCGAGGAACGACCGCGUGCGGUUGGCGGCACCGAUCGACCGUGCAUGCUUAGAAAGCGGUGGUGCGCUGUACGAAGCGUUGUCCAAGGAGAGUGACGACGUGUUCUGGGCGAGCGCAUCGAAAUCAGUCUUCGCGCGCAGGCGCUUGACGGUAGGAUCUUUGGUGCUUCGAGAGAUUCCGUUUUCGGUGAAAGACAAUCCCGAGGCGACUGUGAGCGCGAUGUUAGACGGUAUUCGCGAGAUGGGUCUCGCGAGCGCCUUCGGUUUGAACAAAGCGACGACAUCGUGGCUCAAGCGCGCGGAAUAUGUCCAUCGCUCAGGCGUGGACGCCACGUUUCCAAAUCUCUCCGAAGAAAAUUUGCUGAGCUCCGCCGGUGAAUGGCUCGCGCCGUGGAUCGCUGGCGCGCAGUCUAAAUCGGAUCUCGCGAAAGUUGACGUCGCAUCCCUAGUCAAGGCGCAUUUCUGCACGUACGACCAUCUCAAGCUCGUGGACGACGCCUGUCCCGUCGCCGUUCGCCUGCCCAGCGGAUCCAACGCCAAAGUCGACUACGACGGCGACGUUCCCGUCGUCGCCGCGCGCAUCCAAGAGUUCUUCGGCACUACCGAAACUCCACGCGUGGGCGGCGUCAACUGCGAAUUACACCUCCUCAGCCCGGCCGGUCGCACGCAAGCCGUCACGCGCGACUUGGCGUCGUUCUGGCGCAACGCCUAUCGCACGGACGUUCGCAAAGAGCUCGCCGGUCGAUAUCCCAAGCACUUCUGGCCCGACGAUCCCGAGUCCGCCGCCGCGACGAGCAAGACCAAAAAGUACAUGUAA